GAAGGAAGGGCUGAGCUGCCGGGGAACAAGGAUGAAGGUGGUGGUCUGGUGUUGGGGGUCAUGCUCUGCCGGGAUCUGAGUUGUUCUAUUUGGCUGGAGACGCCACUGCUUUGCCCCCUCGGAGGGGCUCUUUUCCUGGAAAAGCCGGGAAAAGCAGAGCGGGAACCAUGAACCAGCAGCUGGAUCCUCCGCGGCCAAUCAACUGGACCAUCAGGAAACUGUGUGCCGCAGCCUUCCUACCAUCCGUACGCCUGCUCAAGGCACAGAAAUCGUGGAUAGAAAGAGUCUUCAGCAAGAGAGAAUGUGUUCAUAUCAUAGUGAGCACCAAAGACCCCCAUAGAUGCUGCUGCGGCCGUCUGAUUGGUCAGCACGUUGGCCUGCCCCCCGGCAUCUCCUCCAGUCAGAAUGAUAAGGCGGAGCGUCUGGCUAAGAAUGACAGCCUGUCAGAGAAAUGGUCCGUCAGCAAACACACCCAGCUCAGCCCCACCGACGCCUUCGGAACCAUUGAGUUCCAGGGAGGGGGCCAGUCCAACAAAGCCAUGUAUGUGCGUGUGUCCUAUGACACCAAACCAGAACUCCUGCUGCACCUGAUGACCAAGGAGUGGCAGUUGGACCUUCCCAAGCUGCUCAUCUCAGUGCAUGGGGGCCUGCAAAACUUUGAGCUGCAGCCCAAACUCAAACAGGUCUUUGGCAAGGGCCUCAUCAAGGCUGCCAUGACAACGGGAGCCUGGAUCUUCACUGGCGGAGUCAACACAGGGGUGAUCCGGCAUGUGGGUGAUGCGCUGAAGGACCAUGCCUCUAAAUCCCGGGGGAAGAUCUGCACUAUCGGCAUUGCCCCCUGGGGCAUUGUGGAGAACCAGGAGGACCUGGUGGGAAAAGACGUGGUCCGACCGUACCAGACCAUGUCCAACCCGCUGAGCAAGCUGACCGUGCUCAACAGCCUGCACUCCCAUUUCAUCUUGGCCGAUAAUGGGACCACAGGGAAGUACGGUGCUGAGGUCAAACUCCGUAGACAGCUAGAGAAACACAUCUCCUUGCAGAAAAUCAACACACGUAUUGGUCAGGGAGUGCCAGUGGUGGCUCUGAUAGUGGAGGGGGGUCCUAAUGUGAUCUCCAUCGUAUUGGAGUACCUGAGGGACACUCCACCUGUGCCCGUGGUGGUGUGUGACGGGAGUGGGCGUGCUUCGGACAUCCUGGCAUUUGGACACAAGUACUCAGAGGAAGGAGGGAUCAUAAAUGAGUCUCUGAGGGACCAGUUGCUGGUCACCAUCCAGAAGACCUUCACGUACAGCCGGACCCAGGCCCAACACCUCUUCAUCAUCCUCAUGGAAUGCAUGAAGAAGAAGGAGCUGAUAACAGUUUUUCGGAUGGGGUCUGAGGGACACCAGGACAUUGACUUGGCCAUUCUCACUGCUCUGCUAAAAGGCGCCAACGCAUCAGCUCCUGACCAGCUCAGCCUGGCCCUGGCCUGGAACCGAGUGGACAUUGCCCGCAGCCAGAUCUUCAUCUACGGACAGCAGUGGCCUGUGGGUUCUCUGGAGCAGUCUAUGCUGGAUGCGCUGGUGCUGGACAGAGUGGACUUCGUCAAGCUGCUGAUCGAGAACGGAGUGAGCAUGCAUCGCUUCCUCACCCUCUCCAGACUGGAGGAGCUCUACAACACGAGGCAUGGACCAUCCAACACACUGUACCACCUGGUCAGAGACGUCAAAAAGGGUAACCUGCCACCAGACUACCGCAUUAGUCUCAUUGACAUCGGAUUGGUCAUUGAGUACUUGAUGGGCGGAGCUUACCGAUGCAACUACACCAGGAAGAGGUUUAGAACUCUGUAUCAUAACCUCUUUGGACCCAAAAGACCCAAAGCCCUGAAACUGCUGGGGAUGGAGGAUGACAUGCCAAUCCGAAGGAGUCGCCAGAAGACCACUCGUAAGCGGGAGGAGGAGGUGGACAUUGACCUGGAUGACCCUGAGAUCAACCACUUCCCCUUCCCCUUCCACGAGCUGAUGGUGUGGGCCGUGCUGAUGAAGAGACAGAAGAUGGCGCUGUUCUUCUGGCAGCACGGGGAGGAGGCCAUGGCCAAAGCCCUGGUGGCCUGUAAGCUGUGUAAGGCCAUGUUCCACGAGGCCUCCGAGAAUGACAUGGUGGACGACAUCUCACAGGAGCUGAACCACAACUCCAGAGAGUUUGGCCAGCUGGCUGUGGAGCUGCUGGACCAGUCGUACAAGCAGGACGAGCAGAUGGCCAUGAAGUUGCUGACCUAUGAGCUGAAGAACUGGAGUAAUGCCACCUGCCUGCAGCUGGCCGUGGCCGCCAAGCACCGUGACUUCAUCGCCCACACCUGCAGCCAGAUGCUGCUCACUGACAUGUGGAUGGGACGCCUGCGCAUGCGCAAGAACAGUGGGCUGAAGGUGAUCUUGGGCCUGCUGCUGCCUCCGUCCAUCCUGAGUCUGGAGUUUAAGAACAAGGAUGAGAUGUCGUACAUGCCCCAGGACCAGGACACCUACUUGCAGGAGAAGGAGGAGGAAGAGCCCGAGCCCGCCAAGGAAAAGGAGGAAGAGGACAUGGAGUUCACAGUAAGAUCCUACUGUGAGACGCAGUACAACUCCGUGGCCAUGCUGGGUAAGGUAAGCACGGAGGCAUCUCGUAAGAAGGGUGUGGGGGAGGUCCAGAAUAGACACCGGCUCAUCCCCAUGGGCCGGAAAAUCUACGAGUUCUACAACGCCCCCAUCGUCAAGUUCUGGUUUCACACAAUGGCCUAUGUGGCAUAUCUGAUGCUGUUUAACUAUAUUGUGCUGGUGAAGAUGGACCUGUGGCCCUCACCGCAGGAGUGGAUUGUCGUCGCUUACAUCUUCACCAAUGGCAUCGAGAAGAUGAGAGAGAUUCUGAUGUCGGAGCCAGGGAAGCUGUUGCAGAAGGUGAAGGUGUGGCUCCAGGAGUACUGGAACAUCACAGACCUCAUGGCCAUCCUCAUUUUCUCUGUGGGCAUGGUUCUCCGUCUCCAGGAGCCGCCACUCAUGAGCUACGGACGGGUCAUCUACUGCGUCAACAUAAUCUAUUGGUACAUCCGGCUGCUCGACAUCUUUGGCGUCAACAAGUACCUGGGCCCCUAUGUCAUGAUGAUCGGCAAGAUGAUGAUUGACAUGAUGUACUUUGUGAUCAUCAUGCUGGUGGUGUUGAUGAGUUUUGGGGUGGCUCGGCAGGCCAUCCUGAACCCCAAUGAGGACCCGUCCUGGAUGUUGGCUCGGAACAUAUUCUUCAUGCCCUACUGGAUGAUCUACGGAGAGGUGUUCGCCGACCAGAUCGAUCAUGUGCAUAGUAGGAAGCUAAAGCACAGGCUGAAUUCAAAACUCUGGAUGGUCGAAAAUCAAUUUCGAGCUCAUGGAACCUGGCGUAAUAAUGCUCCGUGUGGCCAGAAUAUCACCGCGGAGGACGGGCGUGUUGUAGCUCUGCCGCCCUGUAAGACGGGAGCCUGGAUCGUUCCUGCCAUCAUGGCCUGCUACCUGCUGGUGGCCAACAUCCUGCUAGUCAACCUACUCAUAGCUGUCUUCAACAACACCUUCUUUGAGGUGAAGUCCAUCUCUAACCAGGUGUGGAAGUUCCAGAGAUACCAGCUCAUCAUGACCUUCUACGAGCGGCCCAUCCUACCCCCUCCCCUCAUCAUCUUCAGUCACAUGACCAUGGUCCUCAAGCACCUGUGCUGUCGCUGGCGGAAGCACGACGAUGACGAGAGAGACUAUGGCCUCAAGCUCUUCAUCACUGAAGAUGAGCUGAAGAAAGUUCAUGACUUUGAGGAGCAGUGCAUUGAGGAGUACUUCCGUGAGAAAGAUGACCGCUUCAACUCCUCGAAUGAUGAGAGGAUCCGAGUGACGUCAGAGAGAGUGGAGAACAUGGCCAUGCGUCUGGAGGAGGUGAAUGAGAGAGAACACUUCAUGAAGGCAUCUUUACAGACCGUGGACAUCCGUCUGGCCCAGAUGGAGGAGCUGAUUGGUCGGAUCGCUGUGGCUCUGGAGCGAGUCACAGGGGUUGAGCGGGGCGAGGUCAACAAGGCCCGCUCACGCACCUCCUCUGACUGCACAGACUCGGCCUACAUGCUGCGUCAGGGUGAGUGCCCAGACGCGGCAUACAUUCUGCGCCAAAGCAGCUUCAACAGCCAAGAGGGGAACUCCUACCGGCUCAAUGAGGGUGCAGAGGGCUCCAUGUCGCCGCCCUCCCCCACCAGUCUGGCAACGCGCACACGCAGCCACUCCUUCUAUGUGGGCGGAUGUCACGAGCGAGCCGUGCCCGAAAGGGCUGACCGUUUCCUCAAGGAGCGCUCCUUCAGCCUGCAACGAGCCAAUAGCUCCCAGUCGGUGGCCUUGUGUACCGCCCCCAAGGAAUCUAAGCCCCUCCCACUGGCCACGCUGUCCGUCUCCCAGCAGCACCGCCCCUCUUCCUGCAUCGACAUCUUUGUGUCGGCAUCCGAGGAGGAGGGGCCAGCCAAGGUCUUUUUCGACCCACUGAUGAUGGCCCCUCCCCUCCAGCGUGACUCCUCGCUCCACUCUGAGAUUAUGGAGGCGGUGCUGUCGAGCGGGAGGGACUAUGGCGGAGGCAGCGGGUUGGGCGACAGACACUCGGAGGGUGGGGCCGUGUUCGACAGCGUGGCUGCAGACCUGUCGCUAUGCUCCGCCUACCUGCUCCCAGAUAACACCAUGCCGCCCUGGGAGCUGGACCCCUCUCCGCCCCCAUCAGCGGGCCUGCUGGAGCGCUCCAAGAGCAGCCGCUACCUGUCCACUGGCGGCAGGGGCUACCUGGAAGAGCCUCACUUGGUCAAGUCUCACAGUCUCAUGUUCACACCGCGAGACUGCUAUGGAGGCCUAGGGGCAGGGGUUCAGGUCAAAGCGGCUGAGUACACCAGCAUCACCGACUGCAUAGACACCAGGUGUGUCUCCGCCCCUUACACCACCGGCGACUGUUCCCAGUCCCCCGGAGGUUCCACCUCAUUCCCCUUUGACAAGCCACUGGACAUGAGCUCCUCCCACCCAGAGCGCGAGGCCGAGCUCAGCCACACAGAGUCAGACCCAGAAGACCUAGAGGACCUGGCCCCUGCCCCCGAGCCCCGUCGCAUGGGGGGGGGCUUAGGAGGGGCGAGUGGGACCCCCUUCUGCUCGCCCUUCUCCAGGCUGGAACGAGCCAACAGCUGCUCCUCAGACGACUCCUCCCACCCUCCUCCAAACAGAAAAAGCCUGUCGGUCAGUGAGAGGAUGGAGAGGGGUGCAGACCGUGGGGGGAUGGGGGAACCCAGGAACCCCUUCCUGAGGACCAAGUCUGGGGCGCGGCACGACGCCAAGACAGACAGCCUCUCCAUGAGGAAGCUGACCACCCCCUCUGCGUUCCGCAGCUUCGACAGCAGACAUAACUACACGUGACAAUAAUGAAGGGAACAGGAACGGGACAGGGCACAUUCUGUUAUACAGGACCAUAGGGCUGGCUGGGGGGAGAAAGCAAGGGCCUUGGGGAGGGCACCUACCAGUCUUAAAGUGCUAUGAAGCUAGGGUAGUUCUUACCUCCUCCUCAAGCUGACUCUCGUUGCGUGUUUGGUGAUGGAGGGUAUGUGCCGUGUCUGUCUACCAAUUUUUUUGUCAAGUCAACACACUAUUACUGUAAUGCAUCAUGUCACAGAACAUUAGUCUAGUCCACAUAGAAAGUAUAGAAAAAAAUCUCGGAUACAACAGUUUAGUCAGUCUUUAGAAAAUGAUCAACUUGGCCACCUGACAAUAUAUAACUAUAGGUCAGUAUUCCUCAACCCCAAAUUUCCUCAGCUUCUCCUUAUUUUCUCUCUGCCCUUAACCUGCCCAUACCCAUGGAUAUGACCCUUUGCUUUUGUGCUUCCACUACUGAAACAGCACUCAGUUUUUCCACCACUGACAUAGUACUGCAUGCUACUGUAGCUGCAUGCUACAACAGUAGCAGCAGUAGUAACCUAGUCCCCAGGGUAAUUGUACGUAUUGCAUAUAAGCCUGAAACACCAACAACUCAAAUCUGGCCUAUUUGUGGCUCCGAAUAAAAACACUUGUGGUGAGCUGAGGUGUUCGGAGGGAGCUGAUUUGAUUAGAAAUAAAGCCAAUGGCUAUGGGUCGGGACUUUUUCCCUGAUCUUUCUAUUGGGUUAAUGAAGGCCAUGUUUGAAGCUUUGGUCCACCAGACUGUCUGAGCAUUAGGGGGAAGGGUCUGGUGAACUAGAUUGCAGCAGUAGUGACUGUAGUAGAACACACAUAGAGACCAGUCAACUGGUGAUGCAGGUUGAAUUUCUGGAUAUGAUAGCGCUCUAUAAAGUAUAAUGCAUGUCCCUGAUUUAAAAUCCAUGCACACUGACAGUCAAGUAGCACUGACCCAAAGGGUCAAAAUCAGGGCACUAAAAUAUAUUACCUACAUGGCCUCAGUAACAAGGAAGAUGGGAUAUUUAGUUAAAUGUAGAUUCAUCAUAAGUGUCUAUCUAUUUCCUUGCGUUGUCCAAUCCCGUCACCCGGGCUUAUUGUCACUGUGGCCUACAGUGUAGAGGAGUGAACAAAGUGUUAACACGCACACACACAUAAUCAUACAUGCACUCUAAUGCCUGCAAGGUGUAUGGAAUGGGUGAAGGAAAGCCAAAACAAUUCCUCUAAUGUAACAGAUUGUUUGAUACACCAGCAUCAUCCCAUUGUUAUAAUUAUUUCCCUUAGAUCUCCUUUGCUCAGUGAAAAACUCAGAACUGGACACAAGAGGGAGCUGUGACCCUAUUUGAGGAGUCCUUCAUCCCAAACUGUAAGCCCAUUUUGAAAUUGGAACACAUAAAAAUCAAAACCAUUAAAGUCGUUUUUUUAGCAACCAAACAUCAAACAUGACUGGUAAUAGUACCCAUUCCUUUCAUUUCUGUGGCAGCAGCGUUCUGUUGCUUGGGUCUGACACCUGCUAGUCUUGAGUAGUCAGACAUUGUCAUCUCCUGUUCGCUAUGAAUAGUGAGCUUCAAGAUUAGAAGGCUGGAAAUCGAAGCUAGACAGACACUGGCCUAUGAACUAUCAUUGGAUCCGUCCUUCUUACUUUUUUUGGCUUUCAUUCAUGAUUUCUUCUAUUCAAAUUGAAUUACCAGACUGACCAGAGUAAUCGCCUAGAAUGGUAAACUGAAAACGGCAGAGAAUUGUCUGCAAAAUAUGUAGGACCACAGAAUACUGUACAUUGCAUGAGUAGGCUAGAAAAUAAUGGUUAGAGAACUGAAUUCCACAAGAUGGAGUUAUUUGAAACAUUUGCAAAAGAGUCAGCUCUAUGAAUCUUAUGCAUUUCAAGAGAGGUAGAGGCACCUUUCAAGUCGAUGUAAAAAAGCAAUGGCAGAGAACCAGUGUUUUUUAAAUCUCUUAAUUUAUUACAACUCAUAAUAUUUGACUGUUGUGGAAUACCUGUUACAACAUGUUUGUAAUACUGGAUCUACAUGAGUAACAUUUACAUCACAGGAUCUCAAAAAUAUAUAUAUAUGUUUGUGUUUUAAAUUUGAUCAAUAUUACAUCACUUCAAUUGAAUUACAUUGCAAUUGUUUUGAUUGUGCUUAUAUUUACUUAUUUUGUUGCUUACAAUUAAUAAUUGAAUGGCUGUUUGAAAUACGAAAAUACUAUUUAUAUCUUCUCAGUGCUAUUUUGUCUAAUUUAAAGUAUUGAAUUAUUACAAGCUUUUAACAUUUACAAAAGGUGUCACCUAUAAGCACUCAUGUAUUAUAUGAUUUACUUAAUAUAUGAUGUGAUUAAUUACUAUAUUGUACAUCGCAAUCAUAGUUAAAGUAUUGAAUAAUUUGUUUAUAUUGUAUGUUCUUGAGCAGCUGUCAAAGAGAAAAAUAUAUUUUUUAAUGUAAGUUGGAUAUUUUAAAGCAAUACUCCGCUACAAGCAUUACCAAACUGAGGGUGCCUUUCAAGCAUGGAGUGGCUAUUUGAAAUUCACAGACAUUAAAACGUCUAAAUGAAAUGGGGGGGGAGGGGGGGACUGGCUGCUCUCUGUGGAUGUUUCAUUUGCCUUAUCAAUGUCCAAUACCAUUGAAUGGGUGUUUUCACACGUUUCCUAAGCUGCUUCUUUGUUUUGUAAGGAUGUAGAUGUGGAAGUGACGCUGAGCAGAUGGAGGAAAUGUGUUGUAAAAUAAGGAAUAUUUCAAUCUUUCUUGAGCAGACAGGCCUCCACAAAUCACUGUGCAUAUGCAUUCAACACAAAUUCUCAUGGGACCUUAGAUCUAUAUUUUCUUUGUUUUUUUGUGUAAGGAAAUGUAAUAUGACCUCUCACUUCAGUUGUGUUCCAUGAAUCCCAACCCUCCUGCCCCUUUUGUGGACACAGGAGUCAAAGUUCAAACCAACUAAAACCAAACUAUGAGCUUUAACACGAUCACAAAGUGUGAAGAAUAGGCCUUCGGGCUUGGGCUUUUAUUCAAAACUAGUGUAAGGGUGCAGGUAGUCAUGAAAAAAAAAAAAAAAAGGCACAAUGUUGGAUUCUCAUGUUGUUAGUUGUUGGUGCGGUUAUGUCUCACAAUACAUGGGAUAGUUCACUUUUUCAAAAUGUUUAGAAAAAAAAUAAGCGAAAGCUUAAAAGAAGUGAACAAACUGUUUAAAAGAUGGCUGAACACCAUUGAACACGCUCGUUGAAGGAACAUUACGUUGCAAUAGAGGAGAGAUAAGGUGAUGGUUUGGUUCCCCUUUGGCUUUUUGUCCAGGCACUGGUUAGGGUCCUGGGUCCUUUAAUUAACCUCAGUGAAUGGGCUCUCAGCCCUCCCGUGGACAUAAUAAGUAUUUUUGUUUUCCUAAUGGAGAGGGACAUGUCCAUAACACUUCUAAAUCAUGUGUAAAUGCUCUAUAAAUGUUUGUAUAUGUUGCUGUGGCUGUUGUACAAUAUACUAAUAUAUAAAAUAAGAGGGAGUUCUAUGUAUGUCUGAGGACACAGAAAUGACAGUAGCCUAACACUGAGAAUUUUGCCAAUGCUAUCCAACAAAACCUAAUGUACAGUAUUUUCUCAAUAUUUUCCUAUACUGUAGCAAACAGUUUUGUGAAUCAUAGAUUAUGGUUAUAAUUCAAAUAGGUUUUUUCCCCCCUCAAUCUGUUGGUGAGUAGGCUACUCGUAUGCUAAAGAGGAGUCCAAGCACAUUUCUGCAAUAAUGCUGAUAUUGUAGUUUGACUUGAGGGGACUUAUCUUCCAGCAGUUUCACUUUAUUUAGUGUCCUUUAAUGCAUGCAGUUCUUCCACUGAAUAUGUACAGAAAUACAUUCUGUGUGUGUGUGUGUGUGUGUGUGUGUUUGUGUGUGUGUGUGUGUGUGUGUGAGAGUUUGAGUGUGAGAGAGAGAGAGAGAGGGAGAGAGAGAUGUUAAAUUGCCUCACAGUAGUGAGUAUUUGGAUGCAAAUGCAAAUCUGUAUUCUUCAAUAUGAAUAGGAUCAUGUCUGGCAUGCAUUAUUAAAUAAAGAAAUGAAUACUUAA